AAACUAAAAAGAAUCUAUUAGAUGAUUCGUUAUCGUCGGUCUCGUCUUGUGGUAUUCAAACGUCUGAGAAGAAAAAGUCCUCAACAGGUAUUCCGCGUUCCUCGUCACCAAUCCAAUCGAAAUCAACGUCAUUAAAUAAAGACACAUCAUCAUCUUCAUCCGUUGAACAUCAAACUCGUUCAAUUAAGAGUACUCUUCUUACUGAACUUCUUCAAACUGUGAAGAAGUCACCACCAACGAACGAAACAGAAGUCGAAGCACCGAAAGUAACCUAUCAAGUCCAGAAAAUUGACCCACUUUCUGCUCCAAAACCAAUCCAUAAGGAUCGUAUCAACGAAUUUGCUUCACUUCUUUCAUCAUCUGUUCACUUGGCUCAACCACGCGCUGAGAAGAAACCAACCACCACAUCAAAAUCCCAAACUAAACGUUCGGAAGGUUCUACCUACUCAUCAACUCUUCCAUCUGUUAACAGUAAUCGUGAAUCCUAUCAUUCCACACAACCCAAUCAUUCCGAUGAAAGCCAAGAGAAGAAACAUAUCGAUGCACGUUAUAACGAAAAAUUAGACGAUCGUGGAUCAAUUAAAAUUAAAACUGCCAAUAUAAAAGCGUUAUUCGAACAGAAAAUAUCCGAUACAAACAAAACAUUAUCCCAAUCCAACGAACACCUACUACAGACGCCCGAAACAAAACAUAAUCAUAAAAAAGUACCGAUUAGUUAUGGAAGUUUGAAACGAAACCUACCGGUUUAUCAACCAACAUCGCCAAAUAAUAACACUAGACGACAAUCAUAUUCCGAAAAUUCAAACAUGAAUAAGUAUAACGAUCAUACUGCCACAACUAAAGACGUUGUCAUCGAAGAAAAACAGCUUGAAAAUAAUCACACUCGUCAUGGAACUGUUGAUCAAAUCGUAUAUUCAACAAGCGAUUCGUCGAUGAAUUCGUCAAGUUCGCCAAGCAAUAUGUACUAUUCCGAAUCAUUAAUUGCGCGAGAAAUACGUGAGACCAAAGAAAAGGAGGACGAAUUAAAACGACAACGUAAAAAAUGUGGCUUCUCUGACGAUGGAUCCACUACAAUGUCUCACUCCAUUAAUGAAUCUAUUAAAUCGGAAUCUCUAUCUUCAUCAACGACACAACCUGUUCGCAGUACUUCCUUCAUGUCCAAUUUAGACUUUUUUGCAUCUAAAUCCAACAACUCCAAUCUUGACUCCCAAGCAACAAUAUCAUCGCCACGUCGUUCGAUUACUUCGUCACAAAAUCUUGUUUUCGAACCACAUGAAGAUUUCAAACAAAUGAGCAAUGUUGUUUCUCAAGAAUUAACCCGUUUUAGCGAAAAUGGUAUGCCUAUUCUUCGUACAAGCUCAACAAAUGGAAUGCUUCCUCGUUCCGUAUCCAAUCAAAACAUCCUUACAGCACACAAUACCAACAAUAUAGUCCAACGUGAAAUCGAAGCUAUACGUGCAAAAGAACGAGAACUCCGACAAUUAGGUCGUAUCCAACAUACAAGUGACGAGCAUGCUGAUCCACGAAAGUAUCAAGAAUUUGUUUCAACAUUACCCAAAAGUCAAUCGUCUCAAGCAAUUUCUACAAGCAAAACACGCCGUGAUAGUGAGAACCAGCACGUAUUACGCCCUCAAGGACCAAUCACACCAGCAAUGAAUGGACAUUCAAAACCGAAGAUUAAUACCAAUUCUAAUAAUUUAUCAUUGUCAGCUGUGCGAAAUAAAUUUUCAAGUCCAAAUACAAACUCAGUUGCGCCUAGUGCUGGUCCUGCUGCUAAAAUCGUUGAUUAUUCCAAGGUAUCAUCGAUUGAUAGAUUGAAAUUUGAAAAACGACAAUGUCAAGCGAGAGAACAAGAAUUAAGAAAACAACGUAAUUCUAUUAGUGGCAGUUCAUCAUCAACCAAUACGACAGUUAAUGGUGAUUCGGGCAAUGUUUCUCAAGAAGAACAUGACGAUGAUCAAGAACGUUAUUUUGAUAAAAUUGAACGAAUGAAACGAACAGAAAAUGAAAAAGCUCAAGCACCGCUCAUUCGUCCAGUAAAGAAGCUUGACAUGUCACAAAAAUGGGAACAAAUGAUGGCGCAUAAAAUCGAUGAUUAA